UUUUAGCUUUAGCAUAGGGAAAGAAGAAGCACCACUGUCUUAGGAAGCGGGAUCACAACAACGUGGUUCUGUUGAAACUGCUGUUGUGUAUGCGUACGUUUCUAGAGCUGUUUUGCAACGUUAUUUACAAUGAAGCACACGGACGAAGAGCAGCAGCAGCAGCAGCAGCAACCCUCCCUCUAUUUAGGAGUUUAUUCCCAAAGUGAGGAGCCGCGUCUUUCGCUGCACACCUCCAUCGUCCUGUUUCUCUUGUCGUACUGCGAGUGCAAGUCUUUCAAAGUUUUUCUGGUCUCCACCAAACCUGUCAGCCCCCGGUCGCUGAAGAGUCAUCUCCCAGAGUCUGUGGAUGUGUCUGACAUCCAGCCGGAGGAUCUGCCCCAGCUGGUGAAGGGCUGCCGUCUACCUACUGUUCUGGAUGAGACAGGGCGGCUCUGCAGGGCUGGACUGGCAGUGGUCCUGAGACAUAUCAUCAACAAGACCUUAGAGGCUGACCCUUCAAGAAAUGAUGUGCUGGCACUGCUGGGCUUCAAGAAGACAUGCCUGAAGGCCUGUGCUGAGGUGAGCAAGUGGACCAGGCUGUGUGAAAUUGGUAUCCCCUCUGCUGUGGAAGAACACCUCGAAAAUCCCACAAAUCAAUAUCAGCAGCUUCCUCUCUCCAUCCUCACCCUGGAGCAAAGGCUGGCCGAGCCUGUCAAAGUCCACAAUGAUGACAAAAUACGGAGGCAGAAGCUCCAAGAGCAGAGACAGAAUGAAAAGAAUGAGUCCCCCGAAGGCCGAGGGGAUGUGGACAGUGAGUCUGAACCUGGACAGUCAACUCAGGUCUGUGAUGGACUUGAGCUCAGGGCUGCAUUGGCCAAGCUGUCUGUGGAUUCAGUUCCAGCUGUGACCACCAGAGAGAACUCUGAGAUCAGGAAAGUGAAGACCACAGACCUCCCUCCACUGGAGCAUGUGUUUGCUGAAGGACUGUACUUCACUCUGACUGAUGUGGUGCUGCUGCCAUGCAUCUAUCAGUACCUGUGUUCCCUCCGAGGCCACGCUGCGAGCACCCUAAGCCGGCUCCCUCACCUGCUGCGUUGGUACAGCCGUGUUCAGGAGGUACCUGGGGUCCUCCGAGCAGCUGAGGCUUGUGGGAUGUCUCUCUCCAUCCUUCAGGUUUCCACGUCCGGAACCCUGAGGCCGUCAGCAGAGGACAACCCAGCUAACCUCCUGGAGCAAGAAGAAAACCAGGAGAUGACCACACAGCCAUUUGUUGGUGGCCCCAGGCCCACGAUGACUAAACUUAAAGAAAAUGGCAUAGAGGCAGUCUUCGCUCCUCAUCCUUGCCCUGCCUGGACCCUCCCAUGGGACAGCUUACCAGGAGCUAUCAACCCUGCUGAAGGGAAAAUGUCAAAUAUCCGUGCUGUCAGGAAGAGGCAACAGCUGAAUAACUUAGUUGCCAUGGUUACAGAGCUAGCCAGGCCGGGAUACACCAUUGUGGAUUUCUGCAGUGGAACGGGCCAUGUAGGGAUUGUUCUGGCUCACACUCUUCCAGAUUGCCAGGUCAUCCUCAUAGAGAACAAAGAGGAGUCUUUGGUCAGGGCCCAGUGUCGCAGUGCAGAGCUCGGUCUGAAAAACAUCGGCUUCAUUCAGGCCAAUUUGGAUUAUUUCACCGGACCUUUUCACAUCGGGGUGGCCCUCCACGCGUGUGGAGUUGCAACAGACAUGGUGAUGGAGCACUGCAUCCAGGCAGGAGCCGCCUUUGUCAUCAGUCCCUGUUGCUACGGCUUCAUCCAGAAUGCAGUCAAGUUCACCUUCCCCAAGAGCAAAAGGUUCCAAGAAACUCUGACUUCUAAGGAGCACAUGAUCCUCUGCCGCUUUGCAGACCAAACUGCUGUCCAGCUCCCUCCUGAGAGGCGACUCAUAGGUAAACAGUGUAUGGGCCUGGUGGACUUGGACCGGUCGUGGGCAGCAGAGACUCAUGGGUACUCGGUGCGGGUGAUGACUAUGGAGCCUGAAAGCUGUUCACCAAAGAACAACAUGCUGGUGGGACAGCCCCCGCAGAGGCAGAGUGGACUGGAAGUCAGUGCCGGCCAACUGGAAGAACCGGUGCAUAAUUAAGACUGCAAGCAGCGGUGCACAGCGGAACAUCUUCGGCGUGGUCAGGGUUUGAUAAAGUACCCAGUCUCGGGGCUGUGUCACGACUGUGCUGAGAACACAACUAUUCUGUAUCCAACCUCAACAUUUUCUUUUAAUUUAUUUUUUACAAACUCUUUUUUAACAAGUGCCCUCGGAUAAAAAUUUCUAUCAGCCUGAAGGUGAAAGCAACAGUGCUGUGAUUUUUGACUUGAUAAACACAUAAAAAGAGUUCUCUCUGAGAAAUAAUCUUCGAGAACGCCGGGCGCUUAGCUGUUGUAAAAGAUCUCAAGCUUCUCACCAACUGCUAUGCUAUGCUUGUGACUUUGCCUAAACUGUGUGAUCAAGCUGUCAGCGUAAACAGUAGCAGCAGGAAUUACACACCCACAUUGCGAAUUAAGUACACCAUACUUCCACAUGCUGUUUUCACGAAUAGCCUGUGUAUGGCCUACUGUGAUAGAACUCAGCAGUCAGCUCCCUCUGUUGCCAGGUAUUAAAAGAAGAAACAGGAAUUCAGUGCCAGGAACUCAUCUGCACUUGAAGAUGAGAUGGGGAAUUAUCAUUAUCUACCUUUCCUCUGUGUGUGUGUGUGUGUGUGUGUGUGUGUUUGUUUGUGUGGUACAGGAAGAGAGAAACCGGAUUUAAACUGAUAUCGCAUCAGGUAAAAUACAGCAUUUGUCAAGGUUCUACAAAGAAACUGAUUAUUCCUCAUAAAGAAUGGAUGUGAAUGUGCUAUGCAUCCCUGUAAUACGUUCAGCCCCAAUGAAUAUUUUAUGAUGCUGGCGAAAAGGUCAGUGCGCUUGAUUAGAUGCACGGCGUUCAGAGCCUGGUAGCUAAAAAAAAAAAAAAAUCACACAAUAUACUCCGUAUUUCCAAUCCUGUACACUGUAGACACACAAGAGCCCCUUAAGCUUUCAUUCUCACAGGUGAAGCAGGUCAUCUGUUUCCCUGAAAAAUCCUUCGCUAUCACCUUUGACAGUGUAUUGCAGCUGCUUGAGAAAUCUGAGGAGGUAGCCGGAGAAGCAGUUUUCCUGCUCGCGCCGAAAGGGAUAGACGAAAGAGGUGCAGGGCUUUUCCAGUGUCGAGCUCAUCUGAAUUCAGUCAGCAGAGUCAAUCACUCCCGAGGUGAAUGGCCACAGACACGGCUCCUUCCAAGGACUGGAAUUAUUUCAAAAGGAGACGUCUGACUCCCUGUUCAUGCUUGUGGCUCUGCACAAGUGCACAUUACAGAAAUGCAUAUAAAGCAUAAAGGAGGAGUGAGAGAGAGUAGGUGGCACUACCUAAAGCUUGUAUGAGAGAGAAUAUUGAGGUGUGAAGGGUUUUGACUCAACCCAAACACCCGGGCAGAGAAGGUGACAAGAUUCUUUGUUUUGGACACGAGUGAGAUUUUUCUAUGGAAAUGCAGUGUUUCCUUACUAAUAGUCAGCUUCAUAGUCAGUGAUACACUGUGCCAAAAGCUUUUUUAUUGUUUAAUUAACUGAUUGGACUUCAAUGCAAAAGUUAGCAACAUGUGAACGGAACCUGAAUCAAAUGACUUGAAAUUUCUUGGAGCAAAAGGACCCUGCAACAUGAUGCAUGCAAUGAGUGGUUUUAAUGUUUACACUGAUAAUCACUGUUGAAAUAAUCCUGGCUUUAUCAUAUAGAACCUUUCCUUAUUAAACUUAUUAAACUCUCUUCACCAUUGGUGGAAGUUUUGGAAAGCAGCUCUGAACUCAGCAGUGUGGCAGGAAAUAAUGGAGCUUUCAUUGUUUUAUUAACUUCAGUUAUUACUUGUGAUUAAAAUUCUGCUCGUCUUGGUGUUUUAGCCAACAGUUUUCCAUUUCAUUACGCUGGCAGAGUUUAUAGCCGUUUGUCUGCAACAGCUCAUUGCUGCGUAUUUGGGGUCCCUCCCCACCGAUAUGAAUUUUCCCUCUCGACAAUCGUGACCUUGUUUAUGUGCUCCGAGUUACUAAAACAGGCACUGAUGUAAAGUACAAGCCGAGAUGAAAUGGCUCUGUGUUGCCCUUUCCAUUAUCUCAAAUGUCAUGCUUGCUCUUUUAUAAGUCCCAUUUAACGUGCAUUAUCAACAAUAAAACUUGUUUGACUAUUUUUUUCAAAUAAACAAUAUUGAGCAUAAUUACAGGAGUCUAGAAUAACAGCAA